UCCCGAGCAGUGCCACUUUCCCACGGACAGCAACACGAGCCGAGUCCGCUCUCCUCGCACCUUCCCCGGGCCUUUAUUUCACCAUUUCCCGGGACUUUUAACGCCCCGUAGCUUUUGGAAGAACUCUACCUCAUUUUAACGACAACUUCCUCUAACUUUUAUCGGUUUUAAAGUUCCCAAAACAGCGGAAAAUGAGAGAGAACGAGCCCGGUUAGCGACGCUGGGGCUUUGGGCUACUUUUAGCUUCUUAAAGGGACAGCGACCCCGGGUCCGGUGGUGGUGGCGGCCUCUGCCUGGGGACUCGGACCGCGGAUUGUGGCCGAUCAUGGAGGUGGACACGGCGGCUGGAGUCCUGGAGUCUUUCCGCGGGGACCCGUUAGUGGACCGGCUGCUGGAGGACGCCGUUUGCCAGCAGCAGGGGUGGCUCCGGGUGCACGAUGUGCGGGGUCCUCCGGCUCACCGCUUCUCCUGUGGGCAGAUUUCAGACUGUGUGUGGGAGAGGAGGUUCUGCAUCCUCACAGACUGCCAGCUCCUGCUGCUCACCAGGGACCAAGAGGUACCCGGAGAGUCCCGGGACCCCUCCACAGACUCAGCAAAGGCCCGCAGCCUACGUCGUACUGUCAGUGUCCCCUCAGAGGGGCACUUCCCUGAGCUGCAGACAGAGGGUGUACUCGAUGUUUGUGCUGACCACUCUCCGAGGAGAAGGAGCAUUUCUGGGCUCAGUCCUGACAGAAGCCCCAGCCCUGCGGAGCCCCCCAGCUCGUCCCCGUUCAAAGUCCCGGGCUUCUUUAGCAGACGUUUGAAGGGUUCCAUCAAGCGGACCAAGAGCCAGACCAAACUGGACCGCAACUCCAGUUUCAGACUGCCCACAGCGCCACCUGCUGAUUUAGACAAAUGUGGGGGUCUGGUGCGUCUGAAGGAGGACUGUGUAAGUGCGGCUGGGGCAGUGGAGACUCUGGAGCUCGGACAGGACCAGGACGUGAAUGUGAAGCCCCUUCACAGCAGCCUUCUGGGACAGGACUACUGCUUUGAGGUGACCUACCCUGGGGGCAGCAAGUGCUUCAGUUGCAGCUCGGCCUCCGAGAGGGACAAGUGGAUGGAGAACCUGCGGCGCACCAUCCAGCCCAACAAGGACAACUGCCGUCGCGAGGACACAUCUCUGCGCUUGUGGAUCAUCGAAGCCAAAGACCUGGCACCAAAGAAGCGUUACUUCUGUGAGCUGUGUCUGGACGAUGUCCUGUACGCUCGCACCACCACCAAGCCCCGCACUGACAGCCUCUUCUGGGGAGAGUAUUUUGAGUUCAGUGGCCUGCCCCCAGUGCACAGCAUCACCAUUCACGUGUACCGCGACCUGUCCGACAACCAGAAGAAGAAGAAGAAGGACAAGAACAACUACGUGGGGCUGGUGAACAUUUCUGUAGGAGGCAGUGGGGGCAGACAGUUCACUGAGAGGUGGUACUCUCUGAGCACGCCCAGUCUGGUCAAAGGCAAAGGCCCUGCCCCGUCUGUGCGUAUCAAGUGGCGUCUACAGACUAUCUCCAUCCUGCCCAUGGAACAGUACAAGGAGUUUGCCGAAUUUGUCACCAACAACUACUCCUCCCUCUGUUCUGUGCUGGAGCCAGUCAUCAGUGUGCGCAACAAGGAGGAGAUGGCCUGUGCGCUGGUACACAUCCUGCAGAGCACCGCACGAGCUAAGGACUUCCUGACUGACUUGGUCAUGUCUGAGGUGGACCGCUGUGCUGACCAUGACGUACUCAUCUUCAGAGAAAACACUCUUGCCACCAAAGCAAUCGAGGAGUACCUCAAGCUGGUGGGACAGAAGUACCUCCAUGACGCUUUAGGCGAGUUCAUCAAAGCCCUGUACGAGUCGGAUGAGAACUGUGAGGUCGACCCCAGCCGCUGUCCCAGCAGCCAGCUGUCUGAGCACCGCAGUAACCUGAAGAUGUGCUGUGAGCUGGCCUUCUGCAAGAUCAUCAACUCAUACUGUGUAUUCCCUCGAGAGCUGAAGGAGGUCUUUGCGUCCUGGAGACAGCAAUGCCUUGCUCGUGGGCACUCAGGUGACAUCAGUAAGCGUCUCGUCAGUGCGUCUCUCUUCCUGCGCUUCCUCUGCCCGGCUAUCAUGUCUCCCUCCCUGUUCAACCUGACCCAGGAGUACCCCGAUGACCGGACCGCCCGCACCCUCACCCUCAUCGCCAAGGUCAUCCAGAACCUGGCCAACUUCACCAAAUUUGGGAAUAAAGAAGAGUACAUGGCCUUCAUGAAUGACUUCCUAGAGCACGAGUGGGCGGGGAUGAUGCGUUUCCUGUCAGAGAUAUCUAACCCAGAGAGUCUGUCCUCUACACCAGGAUUUGAGGGCUACAUGGACCUUGGCAGAGAGCUGUCUGUGCUGCACGCACUGCUCUGGGAGGUGGUCUCUCAACUCGACAAGGGUGAAAACUCCUUCCUGCAGGCCACAGUGGCGAAACUGGGGCCCCUGCCCAGGAUCCUGGGGGACAUCACCAGGAGCCUGUCUGCCCCCACCCCGGGCCCCACACCAGGCUCUACACCAGGUCCUCCACUGGCCCCUCAGCCCCUCCAGCGCUUCCAUGGCCUCAGCUCCACAAACAUCAGCGGCAGCCAGUCCUCAGGGCUCCACAGCAUCAUGGAGAAUUCAAACAGUGACGUGCACAGCGUAUUGUCCGGUGCUGAGUUUAUGGAGGGCAUGGUCCCACUGCCCAACGGUCGCAGCGUUUCAUUGGUGGAUCUCCAGGAAGCACAGCACGGCUCCCGCAUCCACAGAGUGCCCUCCCAGACCUCAGUAGGAGCCCCACCCACUGUGAGCUACUCCACCCCCCUCCCCCCACAGCAGACCAAAGUCACGCCUCCUCGAGACGCUCAGCCUCAAAGUGCACCACAGGUGCGGCGCCCCCUACAGCCCUCUCUGAGCCAGCAGCGCAGUCUCCAGGCUCUGUCCUUCCAAAACCCUGUGUACCACCUGUCCAACCUGUCCCACCGCACCACCCCCCCUCACUCCAGUUCCGACAACCUGAGCACCCAGAGCUCUCAGCACAGCCCCUGGGACGAGACGGGCAGCCAGACUGGUGCUCACAGCCAGUGCUCUACACCCAGAGGUGCCCCACCUGCUCCAGACACCCCGCUGUCUACUGCUGUGGCCAUCCCCCGACAGAGCACCACGGCGGGCACCGCACACAUCAUCAAGGUGGAGCAGCAGAGCAGAGGAAGCUCACGCACACCUAAGUCCCUUCCUCAAAGUGCCUCCUUAAGAAGCAGCAGCAGUGCUAACACAGAACCCACAGCACCUGGACCUGUCCUGAACCCACCACAACCCACCUGCCCCAGCGACAGCACAGCCCCGCCAAGAGGCAAAGCAGGGCAGCAGGUGUCUCCCGUGGAGCCCGUUGCCGUGGCAAUGUCCCCGGUGGACCGCACAGCCGCCUGGGUCCUAAACAAUGGACAGUAUGACGAGAGCGAGGAAGAGGAGAGGAGGAGCCCAGAGCACAGCACAUCGGACAAGUAUGAGCUGGAGAUCUCCUCUCUGAAGGAGCGCCUGCGUCUGUCCGGCAGACGACUGGAGGAGUAUGAGCGCCGCCUGCUGGUCCAGGAACAGCACAUGCACACGGUCCUGAGUGAGUACCAAAGCAGACUGGAGGAAAGCCAGGAGCAGCUGAGGAGGCAGACGCAGGAGAAGGACGGACAGAUGAAGAGCGUCAUGUGCAGGCUGAUGGCAGUGGAGGAGGAGCUCCGCAGGGACCAUGCAGAAAUGCAGGCCGUCAUAGAGGCCAAGCAAAAGAUCAUCGAUGCUCAGGAGAAGCGGAUCCUCUCACUGGACGCAGCUAACUCUCGCCUGAUCUCAGCUUUAACCCAGGUUAAGGAGCGCUACGCCACGGCCAACCUGCGCAAUGGCCUGUCCCCCACCAGCCCAAGCAAACUGUCCAUCACAGAGAGCGGAGAGUUCAAGAGCACUGGCUGAACCUUGACCUCUCAAAGCGGAGAGUUCGAACCAGGACACUGAAGGACCCAUAUGCCACAUUUCUAGAGACAUUGGAGCUGUUUUUUUUUAAAGGUUUAUCAUGUUAAUUUAUUGUUUUAUUUGCUGUUGCAGAACUACUGAAGUUUGUGCGGUUAUGUUGACAAUAAAAGCUGCUUGUGAACAUUA